AUGUCUUUUGUCCAUUCCUCGGACUUUACAAUUGAAGGGGGCACGUUCAAUCACAUUCAAGGAAAUCAAGUGAAUAUCACUCGUAUUCUUUCCGGUAAAAAGAAGAAGCUUCCCCAGACACCAUAUGAUGAAUACCUAUCAGUCCCAACAGGCGAUUUACGUCUUCUGCGUGAGAUCCAUAGAGACAGCUCUCCAAGGCCAAGGGAAAGGAACAGAGAUGCGAAGGAAGAGGAGAGGAUAAUAUAUGCUGUGAAACUGCAUCGUGAACGAGCCGGUUCCGUGUUCACAGCUGUUCAAUACACCGGAUCGAAAGCGACACAGGCUUGGAAGAAGAUUUUAGCCGCUUUUCAAGAACACGGUCUCAAUCGAUCGAAGGUCCCUUGGUUAAUAUUCCAUGGCGAGCUCGUGCCCGUCGCUCAUGUUUGGGAUAGAACUCAAACUUUAGGCAAAGCUUACAUUUACACGGUAGCGAGAACAUUGAAAUGUACCGAUCCAUUCUCUCUUUGGCUCGAUCCUGAGCGAGGAACUGUUAUUCGUGGACUCAAGGGGCCCAAAUGGCCGUCACGACUGCACGUUGGCUUCGCCGUUGAUGUGCCAUUGAGCGUUGACUUUCUCCAAGGUCAAAUCUUCCGGCGCUACCUCUCUCAAUUGCCAUUGAAUAGGCAACUGGAGAACAACGUUGUUCAUACGCUUGGCGUUGGUGAAUUCACCGGGUAUGAGCAUGAGGAAAAUAUCCGCUCUAGACCAACCAUCCUCUCGGAUUUGACGAGCUCCAUAAUCGCAGUAGGACCUAUCUUUUGGCAAGGAGAGAGCAAUCAAGGGUGCCUCGGAGAUGCACAACUAAUCUCAGAUGGAACAACAAGAUUCUGCCUUCAAGAUUGCUUGCACUCGGGUCCAUGGGCAUGUCCCAAUGUGUAUAUCUGCCCCAACUGGUGGGACUACCAAGAAGCCUGGCUCUCCCAAGCUUCGAGCCUUUUCCACAAAUGCGGGAUCUCAUUAGAUCAAGAUCUUUCCAAAUUGUAUCUUGAGAGUCCGUGGACUGAGUUGCUGAUACCAAUCGAACGCUCUCAUGUUAAAUGUGAACGACGUCGAAAUGUCCCACAGAUUUACCUUUUCGUUCUUCCCACCCCUCCCAUAGUGGGAUAUUCACGCAUCUGUCGCCAUUUCUGGUCUUUUGAUCGGAAGGGACGAACCCGCAUGUCUAAACGCAAAUGCCGAAGCCUUGGACUACCCACUGUACUGCGCUUCAGAGCGUGGAUCAAACAAGUUGUAUCCUGGCCUACUGAAACGUACAAGAACAUCCACCAGUGGCAACUCGAUAGAGGAUUUGACCCGACCACUACAGAUCUCGCGCAAUACAUAGGAUACCCCGCCUGGAAGGUCAUCCAGCCAAAAUCAAGCCGGCUUGAACAAUUUCAAGAUGACAAAACCGCCUUUGACUUGGAUGCAGAGGAUCUAUCGUUAGACACAUUCUUCUACGAUACACAGGUUCAGGAACGAGAAACCUCAACGACCGUGCAAAACUCAGAUAAGGAACAUUACACAUUUUGGUCCGCACUUACUGCUCCUUUCUCGUGGGCCGCAGUGGAAGGAUUGGAAAUCCCCGCGAUAAUGUUGUAG